AUGUCCGACACAUCCUUUCUCCUAAGCCGUGAGGUGGAACGGUUGGUAAACGCGCCUUAUGCGCCUUCGCUCCAGGAUCUAUAUGGCUUGACGCAGCAGGCUUCGUCGAACGCUGUCAUUUCUUGGGUAUUCCAAAAGCCUUGCCAGGUCGGACCUCUCGUCGAUGUCCUUGUUGAUGGCCUUUCACGCUCCCGUUCAGCCUUGCCCCUGAUUACGGUAUUUGCCCAGGCGCAGGAGUUUCGGGAUAGCCUGCUCCAGCGAUAUCCAUAUCUUCUUGACCAGUUCCUCCGGCAGGCCGUCGAAGGUAAUGAAGCGGAUUGCCUUUCGGUAUGCCUUUCACUCCUCUCCUCUCCUUUACCCAACGACACCAUAACGCCUGCCAAUCUUGCGGUCUUUGUUAUGCAAAUCAUUGAGAGGAUGAGGGUGAAACCGUGCGUGGAGACUAUUCGGCCACUAUAUCUUAUCUCCAGCUGUCUUCAAGCUGCCGGAACAUUCUCUGAACUUCCGCAUGAAGUAAUGUCAUGUUUCCAGACGGAGCUUACUAACACGCUUCGGAACGUGGAGGACCACAUGGGCAACUUGCUAUGCCUAGCAACGUUUGCCAGACUCGUAAUUUCUCAAAGCGGUUGCAGCCAAGCGGAAGGUACUGUUAACAACCAGCCAUGGUUGCAGAGCAUGAAACACUUUUUCGGCCCCAAGCGAGGCCUAAAAACUCUAGACCUUGUUGUCCUGCGGGUUAUCCUCGCAUGCUCUUCUAGCUGCGGGAAUCUCACAACUGAGGAGUCAGCAGAGAGUAUACGCCUGGCGAUCAGCAUCUGCGAAAGUGUUGACAAGAAACAGCGGGAGCGCUGGAUCGAAGGUAACUCAGUGAAAGUCGCUAAGCUUAGGGAGAAGAUUACUCGCAAUGGUAUCGACCACAGUGUACGGGUGCUGGGGAUAUCCUUUCUUAUCGCUCUCGUUCCUGCUACAUCGCUACCUCCUGACCUGGCAAGACUUUCAUUGGAAUGGAUGGUGUCAGAGGAUGCUUCGGCCGUUCUAGAGAUUCUUCCUGCUCAAGUCAUACCUCUAUUAGUGGGGGCGCAUGCUGCCCACUUAGGACAGUCUGCAUUAGACAAGGUGCUACCAUUUGUCAUAUCUUCAGUGUCUACGAGUCCGACCAAUAUUUUGAGCUUGGCCAAGCUACGAAUAUCAAAAUUAAUGCUUCAGGGCCUGCGCACUUCAAACUUGCAAUCUACGGUUAAAGUGUCUGAGCAGUAUUGUAACGCCGUGAACAACCUGAUGGAGAGCUUCCCAAGACAGCCGUCCGAUUCAGAAUGUGGUGGGGCUAUUAUCUGUUACCGUUCAGCCAUGAGGCUGGAGAACGAUCUGCUGUCCGAUUUACUUGCCUUUUGGGCGGAAGCAGCUCUCCCACGGAGCAUGGGAGAGUGGGAAUGCUCAUCUGCAACUGCUCCGCUGACCAGCUUCUUGAACAGAAGCAAGCUGUUGUUGUCGGAGCCCGAAUGCAUAUCGUCAAAGAACAAACCUCUAGAAUCGCGGACUGCAAUUUCAUAUCUAAAAAUGCACCAAACAACUGACCCUCCGAGAAACGAUUGGAGAAAUGGAAUGAGGGAGAUCAUGAUUGCAAACUCCCGAGUGUUAAGUGACAGUAUCAUGCAAAAAGUCGAGGAUAUUUGCUAUGAUAUGGAGCAGCGCUGUGGCAGCAUUGAGGCUCCCCUUCGCGUUGCCGAAGAAGAACGCACAAAGUACUACCUGGAGGCGGAACAAUUGAAGGAGCAAAAUUGCGGACUUGAGUCUCAGCUACAUCAAGCGACGAGCACAAUUGCAGAGCUUCAAGAGGAGAUAUCUCGUUUGUCAGGGCAGGCUAAUUCGGCCACUGGCCGCGCCGACGAGCUGGCUGCAAGUUUAGCUCAAGCACGACAUGAGCUUGAAGAGCUACAGCAUACAUCGCAGAAAAUUCUAUCGACUGAGAGGGAAUCGUUCAGGUCGAGGGAGCUUGACAUCAUUGCGUCCUUGACGGAAAGAGAAGAGCGUCUGGAUGAACUCCGGGAAGAGAUCAAAUGCCGAACUGGAGUAACUGACGAUUUGACGGAAAAGCUGGCAACUGCUUCGCAUGACAAGGUUGCUCUGACCGAGGAAAUCGCCGCGUUGAAGAAUGAGGUAUCAACUUUACUAAAGGAACUAGAAGAGAACAGGAUAUCUAUCACGCAAAAAGAUGAUACAGUCGAACAGUUGAAAACUGAGCAAAAGAGCGCAGACGAGCUGACAAAAGAUCUGCAGAAUAAGUUGCUUGAAGAAGCUUCCAAGGCCGAAAGACUUGGUGCUGCUCUCCGUGACAUCACUGAAAGGUCUAAUUUAGAUUUGGAAGAGCUACGACGGCAAUCCGAGGCUGAGGCUUCGAGGAUGGCUGAAGAGGCUGCGGAGCGAAGGUCAGAGAUUGAGUCUCUGCAAAGCAUAAUACAUAAAUCGAGGUCUGAUGCCAUGAGAGAGCUACAAACAAAGGAGAAGCGUAUCCAGCACCUGGAGAGAAAAGUACAACAUCUACGAGAGGAGCGAGCCGCCAAAGCACGCGAGUUUUCGGAAGCGCAGCAGCACAUCAGCCGGCUAAUGGGUGUUAUGGGCUUCAAGCCUCCUGCGCCUACAGAGCAUCGAGUCUCGAGCAAACAGCGUUCGCGGCCUUCGUCUGAGCAACCUCAGGCCGCCACAACACAAACACAAACGGAAUCAGGGGCCAUGACCUUCGAAAGCCACGAGGAGGACCCCCUAGCUACGUCUAUCGAAUUUGCUACGCCUCGACCAGGUGGUCGUAGCCCCAAAAGGCCUCGCAAUAACGCCUUCCCUUCCGCUCAGCCGUCGCCUCCACGGUCCCAGGAGAGCAUCAAGAACCCUCGAGAGUCAGUCUUUCGAAGCAGUCGUAAGAGGCUUCAGGAACGAAAGCCUCUUGGAGAGACCGACCAGAACAGCCAAAAUUCGCAGGGCACUGAGCUACUGUCAUGUAGCCGACGAGAGAGUUUCCAGGACAGCCAACUCAAUCGCCCGGACCAAAAUCAUCUCGACGACAUAGACUUAGAUCUGGACCUAGAGUUCUCGAAGGACUUUGUUUUUACCAGCACGUCCAUGUCCGAACUUAACGGACAUGCGCGCACAUAA